AUGCCUCCUUCAGUACAGACAAAUAAACUAACCUCCACCCUCCGCCUCCUCAUACCGCGCCUCCGUCUCCUGCAGAAAAAAGAUACCGCCUCGUCCGUCAUCCAGCGCCGCGAACUCGCCACCCUCCUCGACGAAGGCCGCGAGUCCUCCGCCCGCAUCCGCGUCGAGAAUGUCAUCGCAACCGACAUCGCCGUCGAGGUCAUGGAGAUGGUCGAGCUGUACUGCGAGCUCCUCCUCGCGCGGGCCAACGUUGUCGAUCAGCUCGCGUUCGGGGAGAAGGGCGCCCGCGCGCGGAGUCGCGCCAAGGAGGCCCUGAAAGCGGAGAUGGGGGCGCACGGCCACGGACACGCUCAGGGCCACGCUCAAGCUCAGGGUGCAUCCGACGCAGCAUCCAAGUCAUUCCUGGGGUUUUCUCUUUUCGCAGGGUCCGGGUCGAAGAAGCAGACAUAUAGUCAGGAGGGCACGCCGGGAAGAGGGCGCAAGACCGAGGCGGAGGAGGCCGCCGACGACGACGAGGAGCAGACCCCGAGUUACAUCGACGCCGCACUCGACGAAGCCGCCGCCGUCAUUUUCUACGCGUGGCCGCGCUUCCCGCACGACGUCCGCGAGCUGACCAUGCUGCGCGGCAUGCUCGCCGAGCGCUGGGGCAAGGAGUUCAUGACGCUGGCGCAGGACAACAAGCUGGUUGACGUGAGGGUGCCGGAGCGGCUGGUCAAGGGGCUGCGCGUGAAGCCACCCACGCAGGAGCUCGUCGAGAGCUAUCUGAGGGAGAUUGCAAGGGCGUAUGGGAGUUCGUGGGGGGCGCGGGCCCAGAGCCAGAGCGAGAACGAGCUCGGCGAGGCACCUCCGGAGUUUCUCGGUGAUCAGCCUGGUGAUACUGACCAGCCUGGCGAUGGCGAUGGCGAUGGCGAUUCUGCCGUCCCCUCCACGCCAACCCGGCCGGUCAACAUGGCUGAGGCGCGGCGCGCUUCCGAGACUUCGGAGUUGAAUAGGGCCACGCCGCCCCGGGGGUUCCAGUCGGUCAAGAGCCCCGUCAGUGUUGCGCCGCCGGGGCCGCGGUCGGAUAACCCCAAUCCGCGUGUCAAGGUUCCCGGCAGCGAGACCCAGUCCGAGACGCAGGUUGAGGGGCCUCCCAGGGCGCGGAACGGGAAUGCGGGUGGUUCUGGGUCAAUACCAGAAUUGGAUGAGUUGACUCGACGGUUUGCGGCACUGCGGCGGUGA